CGGCGGCGGCGGCGGGGGACGCGGCCGGGCCCGGGAUGGCGAUGUUCCGCAGCCUGGUGGCCUCGGCCCAGCAGCGGCCGCCGGCGGCCGGGCCCGCGGGCGGCGACAGCGGCCUGGAGGCGCAGUUCAGCUGCCCCAUCUGCCUGGAGGUCUACCACCGGCCCCGUGGCAUCGGCGGCUGCGGCCACACGUUCUGCGGGGAGUGCCUCCAGCCGUGCCUGCAGGUGCCCUCUCCACUGUGCCCGCUCUGCCGGCUGCCUUUCGACCAGAAAGUGGACAAGGCCACCCACGUGGAAAAGCAGCUGUCGUCCUACAAGGCGCCCUGCCGGGGCUGCAGUAAGAAGGUGACCCUGGCGAAGAUGAGGGUCCAUGUUUCCUCCUGCCUGAAGGUUCAGGAGCAGAUGGCCAACUGCCCCAAGUUUGUUCCUGUGGUGCCCACAUCCCAACCUAUUCCCAGCAACAUCCCCAAUAGGUCUACGUUCGCCUGCCCCUACUGCGGCGCCCGCAACCUGGACCAGCAGGAGCUGGUGAAGCACUGCGUGGAGAGUCACCGCAGCGACCCCAACCGCGUGGUGUGCCCCAUCUGCUCAGCCAUGCCCUGGGGAGACCGUUACAAGAGCGCCAACUUCCUGCAGCACCUACUGCAUCGGCACAAGUUCUCCUACGACACCUUCGUGGACUAUAGCAUUGAUGAAGAAGCCGCCUUCCAGGCCGCCCUGGCGCUGUCUCUCUCUGAGAACUGAGGGCGAGCCCGGCCGCCUGCCCGAGCCUGAGCCAAGGAGGCCCCUCUCACCCGAGCACGGGGCUGCGGCUCCCGCCCGGCACCGGCACAGGAAGCACCGUGGUGGGCCGGGUGGAGUCUCACCCUGCA